UCCACUUGAGGUCGUUUCGCAACGACAAUAUUUUGCAGUGGACUGUUGGUAUUUAAUUUUUCGAAAAUUUUAAUAAUGGGUAGUGGUUUAUUAGCAAAAACUCAAUAUGUUGUAUAUUCAAUAACUUUAAGCAUAAUUGUAUUUGUUGGAUUAUAUUAUGUAUUAACUGGAAGAGGGAGCAGAAUAGAUUUUGCAUGGUUUCUUGAAGGAGUAUCUCCUUACAUAUGGUGUGCUCUUGGAAUUGGUCUUGCAAUAUCUCUCUCAGUAGUUGGAGCUGCUUCAGGCAUCUAUACAACAGGUGUGAGUAUUGUAGGUGGAGGAGUAAAAGCACCAAGAAUUCGAACAAAAAAUCUUGUGAGCAUCAUUUUUUGUGAAGCUGUUGCAAUUUAUGGAAUUAUUACAGCCAUUGUAUUAUUGAAUCAGUUGGGGAGAUACAAAGCAGAACGUUUUGAAACUGAAAGAGCUGUUAGAGAAAAAUAUCUUAUGUCAGGAUAUAUCAUGUUUGGAGCUGGAUUGACAGUUGGAUUGGGCAAUCUCUUUUGUGGUCUUUCUGUAGGUAUAGUAGGAUCAGGAGCUGCAUUAGCUGAUGCAGCAAAUCCUGUUCUUUUUGUGAAGAUAUUAAUAGUAGAGAUUUUUGCCAGUGCUAUUGGUUUAUUUGGACUCAUUGUGGCUAUAAUUAUGAGUUCCAAAAUCAGCAUGGGAGAAGAAUGAAAAACUUAACAUGUAAAUAUAUAUAGAUUUAGAUAUUAUAACAGAUACAUUUGUGAAGUCAAGACAUUCCUUUAACAAUUGGAUUGAGAAAGUCAUGAACUAUGUAAAUUAUUCAUAUUGUAAUGUGGAACUAUUUGAUUACUAGUCAUGUCAGAAGAUUAUCCUGGAACCAAUUUUGUUUUAAUUGUUAAUUUGUAAUUUAAUUUUUUAAAGCUCAAAUCUUUGUGGUUAUUUUUAUUUAUUGAAACAGUAUAUUCAAUUAUAGAAUAAUGAUGAUGAUAAACUGUUUAACAUGAUGAAUGUUCUCCAAGACACUAUAUAGAUGCUUGCUUGCUAAAUGGAUUUUUGUUUAAAUAAAUGACAUUGAAAAUGUUAAACUUUU